AUGCAGCCAGGAACAGACGAAGAAGCCGGAGGAGGAGGAGGAGGAGUAGGAGGGGGAGGGGGAGCAGGGGGGUUGGGGGGGUGCGGGAAUCCGGGAGCAGCGGCGGCGGCGGCGGCGGCGUUCUUCCCCAGGGGCAUGCGCGUACUGGUGGUGGACGACGACCCGCUGUGCCUCAUGAUCCUCGAACGCAUGCUGCGCCGCUGCAACUACCAAGUGACGACAUGCAACAAGGCGACGACAGCAUUAGCGCUGCUGAGGGAGGGGCGGGAGGCGUACGACCUGGUGAUCAGCGACGUGUACAUGCCCGACAUGGACGGCUUUAAGCUCCUCGAACGCAUCGGCCUCGAAAUGGACCUCCCUGUCAUCAUGAUGAGUGCGAACGGCGAGACGAGUGUGGUGAUGAAGGGCAUAACGCACGGGGCAGUGGACUAUCUGCUCAAGCCCGUGCGCAUAGAGGAGCUGCGCAACAUCUGGCAGCACGUUGUGCGCCGCCGCUCCCACCACCACGCCAAGGCAAGGCGAGGAGCAUUCUUUCAGCGUGGAGGAGGAGGAGGAGCCGAGCCGCAUGCGAGACGGCGCUCAGCGCUCGACCCUGCCAGCAGCCCUUUAAGUCGACUCAAAAGUCACCUCAUGUGUCAUAUGCUGUGUGUGUGUGUGUGCGUGCAGGGCGAGGAGCACUCAGGCAGCGUGGAGGAGGAGGAGCUCAGGCGCAUGCGGGACGGCGCUCACGACCCUGCCAGCAGCAGCGGGGGCGGCGGAGGCCUUGGCGAGUGGGAGUCUACACACCCAGACGCAGAUACAGGGGCACGGGGAGGGGGAGGGGCAGGGGGGGAAGGCGCAGGGCAGGGGGCGUCAGUCCCUCGGUCUCCUGCUAUUAGUGAAGGGGCGCGGUUGGGAAAGCGAAGCGUGGAGGCGGCCUUUGGGGAGGAGGGUUUAGGGGAGCGGGGGGGGUUGGGCGGUGGGGAAGGAAUGAAAGGCGGCGACGCAGGGGAAGACUUUCGUGUCGGUGCGAGUGCCGCUGAAACUGCCGCUGCUGCUGCUGCUGCCGGGUUUGGGAGUGGUGGGGACGGUGGUGGAGGAGGCGGCAUGUUGAGUGCGGGAAUGGGGUUCAUGGGUCGGUUGCCGUAUGUGGUGGAGGAAGGGGAGGGCGACAUGGUGGGCGGGUUGAAGAAGGCUCGCAUCAUCUGGAGCGUGGAGCUGCACCAGCAGUUUGUCAAGGCCGUGCACCACCUCGGAGUUGACAAAGCGGUGCCAAAGAAGAUACUGGAGAUGAUGGGAGUGCCGGGCCUCACACGGGAGAACGUCGCUAGUCACCUGCAGGCAGGCGUGCGUGCUCCCGUCUCCUUCCUUUUCCAUUCACCAUACAUGCGCUCCCCCUCCCUCUUCCCUUCUUACUCCGUCUCCUCCCCGCUCUCUGCCUUUUCCUGCCUUUUCCCCGGUUGCUUGCUUCUCUCCCUCUUUCUCACGCUAUCCCUCUCUCUCGCCCGCCCUUCCCCCAUCCCCCCCCCUUGCCUCCUCCUUUCCCACCUCCCCACGCGCAUACCCCCUCCCCUUGCCAGAAGCAGGGAGUGCAUGGGAGGAGGUGAUGUGAUGGGGCGAUUAGAAGAGGGGCCAGAAGAGAAAGCAGAGGUGUUGCAUAGGGGGGGAGCAAAGGUGGCCGUUACGACGCCUGCUGAUGAUGACGCUGCUGCUGCUGCUGCUUCUGCCGCUGCUGCUGCUGCUGGUUAUGGGGGGCUGAGGGGAUUGGUGCAGGAGGAAGCGGAGGGGCAGGAGGUGGAGGAGGAGGAGGAGGAGGAGGAGGAGGAGGAGGAGGAGGAGGAGGAGGAGGAGGAGGAGGAGGAGGAGGAGGAGGAGGAGGAGGAGGAGGAGGAGGAGUAG